AUGCAGGGGCGCGUAGGCGAAGGACCUGGAGGCUCUGGCGCUUGCUUCGUAGGGGGAUUCCUUAACAUCCCAGCGCCGACAUCGCGGCAAUCUUACCGUUUCAGCGGUCAGAGACCCCCUACUGCAGGGCAGACAGAGGAGGAGAGUGGUAGUGAGGAGGAGGAUGAGGAGGAAGAGGAGGACGGCGAGGGCGAGGAGGAGGAGGAUGGGGAGGGAAGCGGGGAUGACAGUGAGGCCGCGUGGCUCCCCGACACGCAUGGCGGUGGGGACGGGGGAGAUGACGACGAGGAUUACGAGAUGGAUGGUUUGGAGCCAGAGGGGCCGGUGGAGGAGGUGGCCGAGGGUGGUGGAGAGGCAGCGGCAGAGGCGGUCUCACAGCAUGUCCGUGAAGGGGCUGGGAGCGUGGGGGUUAAAGUGGGGAGAAAGGCGGCGACCAUCAAGCCCCUAAGGCUGCCAAGGCGAGCAACAAAGAGGGUUAACAAGUUGCGGGAGCGGGCGUACCCCUGCACAUUCACAGGAGAGCCGUUGGGCGAGGGAGUGAUUGCACCGGAGUUCCUAGAUGAGGAGGGUGGGUCUGAGAGUAGCAAGGGUUCGGCCAAGCGGGGUAGCAGGGCACCGGGGUGGCAAGUACAGAUGUUUGGUCCGUUAGACGCAGACGAGAAGCGGCAGUGCAAGAUUUGCACUGACAAGAUUUCGUGGAAGCAGUCCACGACCACCCCCGGUGAACGGCACUUCGCGAGCCACCACACAGCGCACAUGCUCGUGUGGUAUCACCGUUUCCACACCCCGUCCAUCCAGUUGCCAGGGGAGACGUUUCCACGUGGGGGCUACAUGGUUGUGCCAGAUGGCUACGUCGAAGACUGGCCGCAUGCCCAGACUUGGCCGCAUCUCGCGACCAAGACAGGGAAGGCAGGUGGGGGUGGAGAUAAGAAGGGGGGCGGAAUUGAGCGGUACAUGACAACGAAGCUGACCUCGCGUGUGUUUGCAUGUGUCACACUCACACCCGUCACCUUGACGUUGACAUCCCUCUCCCGCCUUGUCUCCUCCCUCUUCCAGUUUCGGGAGCUGCUGAUCCUGCUAAAUCGCAACUGUGCGCGGAAGAACUUCAUCCCCUCGCGAUGGACGGUCUCCCGCGACACCGUGGUCUAUGCGGCGGCCGCUCUCCAGUCCGCCAUUGCGGAGAUGCUGGCGAAGGAGGGGGAGCUGGGGUGCAAGGUGUCCUUUACCAUCGACAUCUGGACCGCGCCCAACAACAAGGCCUGGAUAGUGGCGACCGGGCACUGGAUUGACGAGUCCUUCCAGCUGCGCACCAUGAUUCUUGAGUUCCGCGAGAUGCUCGGGCGGCAUGGGGGCAAGGAUAUUGCCAAGGUGGUUGAGGAGACGGUGGUGCAGUGGAAGUUGGAGGGGCGUUGUCUUGGCCUGACGUCAGACAACGCCUCCAGCAACAUUGCUGCCUUCAGGCGGCUGUCGGAGGAGGGUUGUGGCAUGUGCUUCUUCAGCGUGCGCAUGCACUUCCGGUGCCUGGCACAUGUGAUCAACCUUGCUGUGAAGGCCGCUCUCGCAGUGGCCGCCAUACGCAAGCUGCUGAAGAUUCUGAGGGAGAUGGCGUCGUGGGUGGGCUUCUCGCCGCAGCGCUCAGGAAAGUUCCUGGGCCUACAACGGACCUUGAACGCGCAGGCCAACCCCGCCAAACCGAAGCCGGCGCUCAAGCUGGUGCAGGACUCUCCAACGCGCUGGAACUCGACACACGACAUGGUCGAGCGUGCAGUGGUUCUGCAGGAACCCAUCGACGUCUUCUUCAUGCAGACCCAGGGCCUGUCAGCGACCGACAAGAAGAAGGUCGAGAGAAUGCGCCUAUCUGACGCAGACUGGGAGACUCUGCAUGCAGUCAAGACCUUCCUCAGCCCAUUCGCCAAAGUCUCGAAGGCAGCGGAGGGGGCGGCGUACCCUACAGUGUCGAUGGUGGUGCCGUACUACAACGGCCUGAUCGACGCUUUGGAGGCGCGCCUUGCGAGGGGCCCAUCGGCUACCUUGAAGCCGAUGAUCGAGGCGGCGCUGGGGAUGCUGAAGAAGUAUGCGUACAUGUCCAGCAACGAGCUAUGGAUCGCCACCUUCUUGGACCCGUCCAUGAAGGCGGCGUGGUUCGAUGACGAGCAUUGGGAGACGCAGCAUCCCGAGACCGAGCGGAGGGUGAGGCCGCGUCCCACAUCCAGCGAGGUGGUCCAGCUGGUACGCGACCGCGUGGCCGAGUACCAGGCCCGGGCUGCAGAGCUUGCUCCCCGGCAGCGCCCACUUGCCCCCGUGACGGAGGAGGAGGGGGAUGAGGCGGAUGACGACGAAGACGCGCAGUUUCUCCCCAGUCGACGACGACUUGCAGCGCGGCUUUCAGCGAGCCAGGAGGCAGGGAGGGGCGGGAUGCUGCUGGAUGACGAGGUUAGCAGGUACCUCUCGGAGAGGGUUCGGUCUGACGUGACGGCCUUGGAGUACUGGCGCAACGCCACCAACUUGCAGACACUGAGGCGCAUGGCCCGGGAUUACCUCGCGAUCCCUGCCACGUCCGCCUCGAGCGAGCACGUGUUUUCCCUUGGCCGCAACCUCAUCUCCUGGAAGAGGCAUCGACUGGCGUCCGAGAGAACGCGAGCUGUCAUGGUUCUCCGAUCCUGGUACACCUCACACCCCGGCCAGAGGAUAGGCGAGGGCCGCCGACAGCGAGGCGUCGCACCUCCCGAGUUCGCCAUCGAGGGCGAGGGAGAGGAGGAGGAGGACGACGAGGAGGAGGAGGAUGGGGAGGAGGAGGAGGGGGGGGAGGGUGCGGCGGCAGCUGGCGACACAGGAGGCUGGAUGGAGCCUGCUGUUGGUAGCAGCAGUGGCGGCGUUGCGUAG